AUCAGAAGCAGCAGCUUGAGCUGCACGGAGCACGUGAAACGGGAGCCUUGCCUAAAAAUGAUCUCAUUGGGCGGGGAAAGGAGAAGGAGCUUGUUACGGAGUGGCUGAGGAAUCCAUCAAAUGAGCAUCGGGGAACUGAGUUGUACAUAAACAUUUCUCUUCUAUCUAUAGUCGGCCAUGGUGGUAUGGGGAAGACAACUCUCUUGCAACAUGUUUAUAAUGAUGAAAUUACAAAGGAAUUUGAUCGUAAAAUGUGGGUUUGUGUUUCCAACAACUUUGAUGUGAAGAAAGUCAUUGCAGAUAUGUUGGAAUCUCUUAAAAAAGAGAGGCCUCGUUUGGAGACACUUGAUGCACUUCAAGAUUUCCUUCGGACUGAGAUUAUGUCCAAAAAGUUCUUACUUGUGCUGGAUGAUAUUUGGGAGGAGAAUGAGGAGAAGGAUAAAAGCAAAUGGGAGGAUGUGCUCGCCCCUCUAGCUUCUGGUGGUUUUGGUAGUAAGAUUCUGAUAACAACUCGAACAGACUCAAUUGCACUGAUGUUUGCAAAGGUUCUUAAAAAGAAGAAGGAAAUAGUUAAAUUAGAGGGCCUAGAGGAAGAUAAGUGUUUGGAGCUGCUUAACUCUCAUGCAUUUGCUGGCGUAGAGAACUCCCCUGAUGAUCAUGAAAAUUUAAGAGUCAUUGCUCAAGAUAUAGUUAAAAAGCUUUCAAGAUCUCCGUUGGCAGCUAAGGUCAUUGGCGGCCUUCUAAAUUCUCUUGACUUGGAUGCAAGGCGUUGGAGGGAAGUUCUAGAAAGCAAUUUAUUGGAUCAGAAUUCUAUCCAUUCCAUCUUAAGACUGAGCUAUAUAUUUCUACCAAAUCAUCUACGAAAUUUUUUUGCAUUUUGUUGUAUGUUCCCAGAAGAUCAUGAGUUUGAUAAAGAUGAUUUAGUCCGAAUGUGGAUUGCAUUGGGUUUCAUUCAGCCGUCUCAAGGAAUGACUAUGGAGGAUAUCGGAGGAAGGUAUUUUGAUGUUUUAGUCAAAAAAGCUUUAUUUGACAAGUUUGAGGUCGAAGAUGACGAUUUGGUGGUCGGAUAUAACUACAAGAUGCAUGAUUUAAUACAUGAGUCAGCAUCUAAAUUUUUUGCCCAGGUAUGCUGUAAACUUGUGGAUUAUGAAGAGUCAUCUCUUAAAAUUUCUGAGACUAUUCGACACUUGGCUGUUCUAAAUGCAAAACCAGACAUCUUUAGAAAGAUUGAGAAGUUGAAACAUUUGCAUUCUCUUUUCUUGUUCUAUGAAGAUUCUAAUCAUGAUCUUUUCAAUACACUCAUUGAAAUAUUCGAAGCAUCAAGAUUCCUACGCUUAUUAUACAUAUGGACUUCAAAACGCUUGAAAAUAAUACCUGAGGAGAUUGGAAAUUUGAUACAUCUUCGAUACUUAAGGAUUGAUGGUUAUAUUUUGACUAUGUUGCCAAGAUCUCUAAGUAAUCUCUAUCUCUUGCAAUACAUAAUCUAUGAGCAGAUAAAGGGGCCAAUCCAUCCUGAAGUUAAUGUUUUUUUACCAAGUGACAUUAAUAACCUUUCUAACUUGCGUUACAUGAAAUUUCCCAUGAAUUGUAUUUCAUCAAUAUAUGGGAUUGGGAAGCUAAAGUCUCUUUCAGAACUGUAUAUAUUUUAUCUUAGAGAUGUGAGUGGUUAUAGAAUUGGGGAGUUGGAGAAUAUGAAUGAUCUUUGCAAAUUAGGAAUCAAUUGCCUUGAAAAUGUUAAGGAUGCUGAGGAGGCUUGUAGUUCCAAAUUGUUUGUCAAGAGGAGGCUCACAGAUUUAACCUUAUGUUGGAGUCGUAGUAGCAAUGAUUCGACAAACUCCGAUUUAGAUGAGAACGUGCUCGACAACCUUCUGCCACCAAAAUGUCUAAGAAAUUUGAGCAUAAAGAGAUACAUGGGUGCAAAGUCUGCAAUAUGGAUGAACAAUGUCAAUCCGAUCUUUAAUCUAGAGAAAAUCUUAUUGACAGAUUGCUUGAAGUGGGAAACUCUUCCUCCUUUCGGGCAACUUCCCUUCCUCAAGUUUCUGACACUUUAUGACAUGCCGAAAGUAAAAUGGCUCGAAAGUAAAAUUAAUGGGAAUGAUAAAUACCGUGCCUUUCCAUUGCUGGAGGUUUUACAUAUUACGAAAUUAGAAGCAUUAGAGGAAUGGUUCUCUCAUGGUGUCAGAGCUUCAUCCGAAAGCUGCUUCCUCUGCAAAAUCAUGAUCGACUCGUCACCAACUCAAUCCUCAACUGAAGCGUCGCCUCCCACAAUCCCUCCGGCGAUGUCCGAGAUAGCCAUUCCUCCCUCUCUCAAGGCAUCUCACCGGUGGCAGUCCCAAACCCACCACCACCACCGCCUCAAGAAACGAGCUUCGGCUCUAGAACUUGAUAGAUCAGAAUCUAGUGUCUGUACUGUUGUCGACGAUCUCACCAGCGGUCUUGCCAUAUAUCCUCACUCUCUCCACCGCAAGAGACAUUUGGAUCACCUUGGAGCUGCGCCUUCAGCCAAAAAAUCGUUCCUGAGUGAUUCAGUUCAAGAAUGA